AUGAGUAUACCAUUUUCUGUGGCAGUUAACCCUUCCAUUAUUAGGAAUAAUAGGAAAUCGUGUGGUAGAAGAUAUGCUGUUAUAACAUCAGAAUUAACCAUGGUUCCAAAACAUAAAGUUGUUGAAAAGCAAUCUCGGAUAGCCGAUUUUGAUACUCCCUGUCGUAGUAACCUCAAGCCACAGUUUGAGCCUAGCUUUCUCAACAACGCGUAUGAAAUGUGCAGAAACAUCUGUGCCGAAUAUGCCAAGACAUUCUAUCUAGGAACUUUACUUAUGACCGAAGAAAGACAGAAGGCUAUAUGGGCUAUAUACGUUUGGUGCAGGAGGACAGAUGAAUUGGUGGAUGGUCCUAAUGCUGACUAUAUGAGCUCUGCUGUUCUUGAUAGAUGGGAAGAUAGAUUGCAUGACAUUUUCAAUGGACAACCCUAUGAUAUGCUUGAUGCUACUCUUACCGAUACAAUAUCCAAGUUUCCCUUGGAUAUUAAGCCUUUUAGGGACAUGAUAGAAGGUAUGAGAAUGGAUACGAGGAAAACGCGGUACAAAAAUUUCGAAGAAUUAUAUCUUUACUGCUACUAUGUGGCGGGAACUGUUGGGUUGAUGAGUGUUCCGGUAAUGGGAAUCGCGCCGGAGUCUCUCAUUCCUACUCAAAGUGUAUAUAAAUCAGCAUUAUAUCUUGGUAUUGGAAAUCAACUCACAAACAUUCUUAGAGAUGUAGGGGAGGAUGCAUUAAGAGGUAGAGUGUAUCUUCCACAAGAUGAACUCGGUGAGUUUGGUUUAUGUGACAAAGAUGUUUUCUCAAGAAAAGUGAGUGAAAGAUGGAAAGAGUUUAUGAAACAGCAGAUUGCAAGGGCAAGAUUCUACUUCAACUCUGCAGAAGAAGGAGCUUAUCACCUUGAUAAGGCCAGCCGUUGGCCGGUUUGGUCGUCUUUAAUAUUGUACCGCAAGAUCUUAGAUGCAAUCGAAGACAACGAUUAUGACAAUUUGACAAAACGAGCUUAUGUAGGACGAACUGAGAAGUUUGUGUCAUUGCCUGCAGCUUAUACUAGAUCUCUCUCAAUUCCCAGGACCAAAUUGCAUUCUUCCUUCACAAAACUUAUGUAG